AUGGAUUACUGGACUAUUGCCUUGCAAAUUGCUACUGUUUUGGCUCUUGGUUACUAUUACCUAAGCCGCAAGUACACUUACUGGAAGGACCGCGGCAUUACCGGCCCACCACCGACACUUGCUUUCGGCAAUCUCUGGGACCUGUUGAGGCACGGACAGGUCAAGAAGGAGUUGGAAUGGGUGAAAAAGUACGGAAAAACGUACGGCAUGUACCAGGGCUUUGUCCCAAGUCCCUCAUUUACCACAGGCAAACUAAAAGGCAUGCAUGGACUGAUGAAUCGAGCGGUUGAAAAAUUGGGCACCUACUUUGACAACCAGAUUGCAAAGUCAAACGGAGAAAUGAACAUCAAAGAAGUGAUCACUGGAUUUACUGUGGACGUCAUUGCGUCCACUUCAUUUGCCACCGACACAAACACCAACGGCGACCGAAGUGGCAGUAAUGUUUUUCUGGAAAACAGCAUUGGGUUGCUAGACUUUAAAGCGUGGAUUUUGCUCUCUUUUUUUGCCAUGCCAAAACGCUUUAACCGCCUAGUUGGCGCUGAACUUGGCUUUAACAUGAAACCUUUCCAGUUCUUUGUUGACCUUUCAAAAGCAAUUAUAAGGCAACGACAGACAGAAAAGGAUAACAAGAUCAAGCGAACUGAUCUAGUGCAACUCAUGUUAGACGCAUUUAUCUACGAAGAUGAACUCCAGGAGAAGAACUACGACAAACUGACAGCAACGGCCGACAAUGACGAACAUCUUGAAGUUGACAAAAAGUCCAAUACCGCUGAAGGCUCAAUUCGCAGGCAGCUUUCCGAAAAUGAAAUUGUAGCCCAGUGUAUUCUCUUUUUUGUUGCUGGCUUUGAAACUACCGCCACGACACUCUCCAACGCUCUGUACCAGCUGGCGAUUCACCCUGAGAAGCAGUCAAUUCUGGCUGAGGAGCUGCGGCAGGCGCUGGACGGCGUCGAGGUGGACUCCGCCGAGUACUUCGACAAGGUGAACAACCACAUUCCCUACCUGGAGGCGACCAUCAAGGAGACGCUGCGAAUGUGUCCGCCGGUGACGCGACUGCAGCGCCGGGUGGGCGUCGACGGCUACAAACUGGGCGGACAGCCGCUAGAGAAGGACACCCACGUCGACCUGGCCGUCUACGCGGUGCACCACUCCGCAGAGUACUACGAGGAUCCAGACACCUUCCAGCCGGAGCGCUUUCUGCCGGAGAACAAACACAAGCUGGUCCCCUACACCUACCUUCCAUUUGGCGCUGGUCCUCGAAACUGUAUUGGCAUGCGAUUCGCUUACCAGGAAAUUCGCCUCUGUCUGGCGAAGAUUGUCCGCGAUUUCGCUUUUGCAACGACGCCCAAGACAAAGGUGCCGCUGGAGUACAACAAGUUUGGUCUUCUCAGCUGCAAGGAUAUUCCGCUUAAA